AUGAAGAAAUUGACAAUCCGUAAAAAAGCCAUUGAUUCGAAAAAGAAGCAGUGUGAGUUGUCAACUGAGGUGGGUAAUGUAAGGGUAGAUGAUGUCUUGAUUGAAAGUUCUGAGCUGUUUUUAGCAAAUGUAGAUGGUAAUGCUGAUGAGGUUGAGGAUAGUAGUAGUGAUGAUGAUUAUACAUGCGAUGAGGAAGUUAGGUUGAUAUUAGAUAAGGAGGUUGAUGAGCAAAACAACACAGACAUGUACUUUAAUGAUGAUGAACCGCAGUCUGAUGAUUAUGAUUUGAGUGCCUUGAUUGAUGAUGAGGAAGGUAUAUGCAGCUAUCCUACAUUCAACCCUGAGAUUGAUUUCAAGGGUAAGAUUAAUUUGUCUUUAGGGCUUAAGUUUCCUUCGACAUAUGUGUUUAGAAAAGCACUAAGAAUUGCAAUGAAAAUGCUAUAUGGUGAUGCUAGUGAAGAGUAUAGCAGGGUUUGGGAUUAUGCGGAAGCAAUAAGGACGUUUAAUCCAGGAAGCAUAGCAAUCGUUAAAUGCAUUGGAAUAGACACACCCCCACCUUUGUUCCAAAGGAUGUAUAUAUGCUUGACAGCGUGUAAGGAGGGGUUUGUAGCUGGCUGUAGGCCUAUUAUAGGUGUUGAUGGGGCACAUCUGAAGGGAAAAUUCCCUGGGGUUUUGUUGACUGCUGUUGGUAAAGAUGGGAACAAUAAUAUCUUUCCCAUUGCAUGGGCUGUGGUUGAAACUGAAAAUGUAGAAACAUGGAUAUGGUUUCUAAAUCUUCUAGUGGAAGACCUUAGGUCGGUAACUGCAUCGAGUAGUUGGGUUGAAGCAGAAGGUGAAGCUUUCACCUUCAUGAGCGAUAGGCAAAAGGGUUUGGUCGAAGCUUUGAACUCAGUGGUUCCUGAAUGCGAAAUUAGGUUCUGCUGUAGGCAUAUAUGGGCGAACUUCAAGAUCAAGUUCCCUGGAGAGUUGUUCAAACAACACUUUUGGAGUGCAGCCAGAGCCUACAACAAGAAUCAUUUUGAUAGAGAAAUGAAUGUAAUAAAGAAUAUUUCUAUUGACGCAUAUGCAUAUCUAGCUGCUAUUCCUGCAAAACAUUGGUCUAGGCAUGCUUUUUGUAGUAGGAGUAAGUCUGGGAUGUUAUUGAACAAUAUUUGUGAGGCAUUCAACAAUGUGUUAGUAGAAGCAAGGGCGAAGCCUAUAAUUUCCCUAAUGGAGUGGAUUAGGAGAUAUGUAAUGCAACGAAGCGCAGCCAAAAGGGAAGGGUUGAGUAACUUUCAAGGUGAGUUGAUGCCAGCUAUCACUAAAAUUAUUGAAAAAAAUGCAAAAGAAAUAUAUGGUUUAAGGGUAAUCCCAGUGGAUGUUUAUGAGUUUGAGGUGGAUGAUAUUGAAGACUGUUACGUUGUAAACUUGGCCAAUAGAACUUGCCAUUGUGGAAGUUGGCAGCUUAUAGGAAUUCCUUGCAAACAUGCCGUUGCUUGUAUUGUGCUUAGAAAAUUAGAUGCCAAAGACUUUGUCCACGAGGCGUAUCUCAUGGAAACGUAUCGAAAAACGUAUAGUCCAAAGUUUUAUGGUAUGCCAGGACACAAAAUGUGGCCAACAACCACUUUAGCCAAACCACUUCCUCCACCAUAUAGAAAGAUGCCUGGAAGGCCUAACAAGAGGAAAAGAAAGAAGGAAGUUGGUGAAGGUAAAGGAGGAAAGAAGGCUAUUACAGAAUUCAAGCAAAGGAGAUGUGGUAAUUGCGGUGAAGUUGGUCACUACAAAAAGGGCUGCAAAAAUCAACCUAAACCACCACCACCAACAAAGACCAAGUCAAAAGGUGGAAGGCCUAAAAUGGGAUCUUCUUCUACUCAACAAUCUACAACCAAUGAUGUGCCUAGCUCCAGUGGUCAACAACAAAUGCAAAACGCUGCAUCUACUUCAUGUAUAAUGGAUCAAAAUAGUCAAAUAUAG